AGCGUCUAGAUACGAGGAGAGUCUGCGGCGACCACCCUGUUGGCUGUAGUUAGCUUCACACUGUGUUUUAUUGUUCGUUUGACAGUUAAUGCGGCACUUAUGACGGCGCGAAUGUAAACUUUGCAAAUGUUUUUUUUUAGAUUCGCAGGAUACGCGGUCACCACGUCACACGCUGUUAGCUUAAACCGGAACAAUAACGAGGCUCACAAACGUGCUGUUUAACACUAUGUUGAAGAAACUUCAGAGGGACAGAGACAAGGAGUUUAGGCACAUAGCUCCUGGUUUGAUCCCUGCAGCCUCCAUUGCUCCAAAGCCUGCAGUGCCUCGUACCCCACCCCCCCGCAGCCCUGACCCCUCACCAGAGAGGCCCAGAUCAGCCUUAGCUGCAGCCAUCUUGUCUUCAUCACUCACUGGACAAACAUGGGCCAUCCCUCUUGCCAGAACUAGGUCUCUCUCUGAGACUGACAGAUCAGAGUCCUUCAUAUCUGAGCCAAACAUCAGCACAGCACUUUACAACAGAGACAGAUGGUCUGAAGAUUUGGGGAGCCAACAACGUUUGUCCUCCUCUGACCACUCAGACAAUGAGCUGGAAGACAAGGAAGAUAAAGUACAGGAUGAAGAGGAUGGGGAGGACCACAUCUACCAAACCCUGGAUGGAGGGGCGACUUGUUCAAUCACAGAACCUCUUUAUGCUCUGCCUCUAAAAUCUAAGACAGAAACAACCCGGCUGACUCAGAUGCCUGAUCGAGAAAUGCCUGCUACAGAUACUGACUUUAAACUAACAGGAGAUUUCACAGAGGAAGCCGGCAACCAGUUUCCUGAGACCAGCUCCUCUAAGAAGAAAGUCUUUAAGAGCUCUGGCAGGCGCAAACAAGAUUUACCACCUGUGCCAGCCAUCCUAACCACAGACGUCACCAGUCAAGCAAAAAACCAAAAACACCCCACCCAGCUGUCUCCAAAGCCCAACAUGCACAGUGAGGUGCAGAGGGAGGUGGUGCUGCCAAAGAAAACUAGAAUGGCAGAGGAACAAAAGCUAUUGGAGGAGAGACUGCAGCGCCUAGAACGGGAGAUCAGUCAGAGCCAAGCUUUUUCAACCCCGAGGUCAUCUGCAGGCAGCCAGGCAGAGAUGCAGAAUUUGAGGCAACAUGCUCAGGAGCUGGUGGAUGAAAAUGAUGCCCUCAAACUGACAGUUCACCGUCUGAAUGUGGAGCUGAGCCGCUACCAAACCUGCUUCAGGCCAUUGUCCAAACAAGAGAGCUCCAAAAUCAGUGGCCUACCACAGACUGGUACUCCUCCUCCCUGGCUGCUUGACAUUAAGUAUUUGUCUCCACUGCUGUUGGCCUAUGACGAUAGAAUGAAUGAGAAAGAUACUCUUCUGCAAACCAUGGAGGAAGAGGUGAAGAGGUUGCAAGUUCGUGUGGAGGAGGUUGUCAAAGAAAAUGAGAGGCUUCAUGAUGAAAUGGUGAAGACUGGAGGUGUCACUCAGAAGGACUGUCAUCAACUACAGCAACAGGCCUUUUUAGUUUUGCAAGAGAAUCAGGUUUUGAUUGAUCAACUUGAAGCUCAGCACGUCAGGACCAAGGCCAACCACAGCAGACACCACUCUGAAGUGUCCAAGGUGUCUAAGCAACUGAUGUUGCUAGAGGCAGAAAAUGAGCGUUUGCAGGAAGACCUGGAAGAAAGCAGGACGGUGGUGCAGAAAAACACAAAGCAGGUCCAAGUUCUGCAGGCCCGCCUGAAGGAUGCUGUCACCAGGGAUGAGCAUUGCAGCAUUACUGGGAAACUGAAAGGGCAGCUGGAGCAGCUGGUGAACAGGAACAAGAUUGAGAUGGACGAGCUGCAACUCAGAGUGUCCAGUCUGCUGGAAGAGAACAGGAGUCUGGCUCUGGACAAAGCCAAUCUGACUGCUGAUGUAAAGAGACUGGAGGCUGAUCUUAAGCUCAGCAGACAAGCCAACUGGAGGGCUGAGAAGAAGAUGAAUGAAUUAAAGCAACGGAAAGAAGAGUGCACAACACAGGAAGAAAAGACUCGACAUUACCUGGGAGCACUCCUCAACAAGGCUGAGCAUGUUUCCAAGGAGCGUGACCAACUUUUAGACAUGGCAGCCAGUCUUCAGCAGGAAAAGAAGAGAUUCAUCAACAAGAUUUUGAAUGGCACUGUUCGCCUUGGGAAACUACAGGAGGAAGUCAAAGUGUAUCGGAGACAGGCGUCAACCAGACUGGCAGCACUUGAGGAGGCAGCAGAGGGGAAGACAGCUUCUUACCAGAGGGAGAUCCUUCACCUGCAGAGGCUGCUAAAAGAAAGACAGGAGGCUGAGGAGAGACUGCUGCAGUCCAAACGGGAAAUAGAGGAUGAGUUGGAGGUGGUGUGGCAGGCAGCAACCAGGGAAAACCAGCAGAUAAAGGAGACAAUUUUAGACUCGACAUUCACUCCUGACCUCCACGGUUGGUCCAUUUGUGACAAGGCUUCUCCUAACCAGCCAUUUCAGUCUCCAAAUCAGACCACCUCAUCCAACCACCAUCAACCUCGCGGCUCUGAGCCUCCCCUCUUCACCUCUAAUCCAAGUCCUGCACUGCAGAGAAGGUCUGUAUUUAAAUCUGACUCAGACCAUCCCAACAACUGCAUGGAUGAAAAGCUAAAGCAUGGCCUGGAUUUCUAUUGCUAAAACCUUUGGAGCCAUAAACCUGUAGAAGAUACCUGACAGCUGGGCUUCUAUCGUAAAAUCAUUUCAGUCCUCAUGUAAACAUUCACACGUCAUGCCCGUGUGAGAUUAGUUCACUGAUCAAACCUGUGUGAAUUUGUUCACCAAGUCCUGUUAAUCCAAAAAUCUGUUUCUGAUAAAAGCAACAAGUACAUUUAAGUAGAGGGUGGAGUUAUUUAAGUAUGAAAUGGUGGUAAAAUGUAAAAUCCCGUUUUUAUUGAAGCUCAGUUUUGAUAGUGAGACCAAAUAGACAGAUGAGUCUAAGGAGUCAUUGAGACUCUGGGUGUAAUGCAACAAUCUUUUUUUAUAAAUUGUUUUAUUCUGUUUGUCUUUUAAAUUGGUCUCAGGGUUUUAUAGACUGUGUCAAUCAUAAUAGAUGUUAGAAAAAAAUAACAGCAGUGGCAGCUGCAAUAUUUUACUUAGGCCAAAAGAACACAGCCAAUAUUGUCAUCUGCUGGACACAGACAGUAAUGGCAUAAAGUAUGUGUGUGAGAGAGAGAUAAUACUCAUUUUUUAUUAUUUAUUAAACAAUAAACAUUAUUUAUCUCAGGGUUUUGAUUAAACAUUGAGUUCUUUAACAUUAAUGCCCUAAGUUUACAUUCAAACAUUGAAUUAAAAAAUUAAAAAGAACAAUGAAAUGACAAUUUAACAAAUAUAAAUACAGGGUUGGCAUAAAAAAAAUUGUAAACCAUUCAAAAUGAUGAAUUAGUCUGAAAAAACUAUAACUGAUAAUAAUAUAAUGACAUUAAAAUCACUAGGUUAAAACAGCAAUAUUUUGUAUUUAGAUAUUCAUGGAUUUUUAGAUACUUCUCAAGUUUUAUAUCAAUAUGAAUAUUAAUAUUGCCACAAGCCUUAAAGAUAAUCAGUUUAUAUGUUGAGGUACUGGUGUAAUCAGUUUGAAUAACAAGUAAGUGUUACAAAAACGUUUUCUCCGUGACGAGAGGAGUACGUAACAGCAUCGUGUCUUUGAUGCUCACAGAGCUGCUGGAUUAGUUUGAGGUCAUGACGCUAAAGGCUUGUCCGUACAAAGAUUCACCACAAAUCCCUGCUGAUGACUCAACACAGGCCACUGUGAUGUCAGUGCAGUGGCUCAGACGUCUGUAUGCCUGCUUGUUCGUGUGUGUGUGUUCUUGUGUUUGUUACCUCUUAAGGACCCUAUUCUGCCAUAAACACUGACCUUUUCAGGACUCACAGAGACUCAAACCUGAUCCUAAUGAGGCAGAACCUUGUUUCUGAUGAACUGGUUAAGUUUAGAGCUUUUUGAAUUGUGGUAAUGUUAAGGUGAGGGAUCAGACUUUGUUUAGGCUGUCCAAAUGAAUAGAAGUCAAUGACGGAAUCCUUAAAAGGGUAGCCAUGCCAACCUGUGCGUGUGUGUGUGUGUGAUGGCUGUAAUGGAAUGAUGUCUACUCCUAACACUUGAUGUAAUUUUCAAAUGUGCAGCUCGCCAGUAAAUGCAAACAGCUUACUGACAGCCAGAAUGUCAGAUGGAGAAUUACAACCUACAAGUCAGCCAAGUUGCUCUCAUCCAUCGUGUUGUCAGUAAGACAACGUGUGCUUUUAUGAACUGCAAUAAAACAAAUAACA